UCGGUUAUAACAGCAGGAGACGGCACACAUUUUUAUUCAGCAAACCUCCAUCGUAUUCCUCAGGCUCUCUCUGUCACACUCUCUCUCCGUCUUCUAAUUCUCCCUCCAAAACAAACCUCGGAAGGAAAAAAUUGGAGCGAAGGAGGGAUAAAUAUGGCGGCGACCUCUUCCGACGGAAUUGCCGGAAGGAUUCAAAACGCAUCGCUGGUCCUUGUAUCCGAUAACAAUUCCACGCUUGCCGAUAUCCGCAAAGCUGUGACAAUGAUGAAGAACACUGCUGUUCAAUUGGAGAAAGAAAAUCAAACUGACAAGGUUAAAGAUCUUGAAAAUUCUGUGGCUGAGCUAUUGGAUUUAUAUAGUGAUUGUAAUCUUCGUUCUUCAGCAAUUCAGUCUGUUGCUAAUGGGUACCAACCUGGGGAACAGUUAACGAAUUUUCAAAAGUUGCUUGAUGAUGAAUUCACUAAGCUCAAGGCUGCACCUUCUUCAGUGCCACAAAAUGAACAUUUGAUGCGCCAGUUCAGGGAAGCGAUUUGGAAUGUUCAUCAUGCAGGUGAACCUAUGCCUGGUGACGAUGAAGAGGACAUUGUCAUGACCAGUACUCAGUGCCCUCUCCUAAAUAUGACUUGCCCCUUGAGCGGGAAGCCUGUCACUGAACUAGCAGAUCCAGUUCGCAGUGUGGAUUGCAGGCACGUCUAUGAGAAAGCUGCAAUCCUGCAGUACAUAGUCAAAAAUCCAAAUUGUCCUGUUGCAGGAUGCCGAGGUAAACUGCAGAAUCACAACAAAGUGUUUUGUGAUGCAAUGUUGAAGUUUGAAAUCGAGGAGUUGCGCUCGUGGAACAAACAAUCUAAUAGAGCCGAAGUGAUUGAAGACUUCACAGAAGAUGUCAAUAAAGAUUAGAGAUUAAACAUCUCUUACUCGGGGUUUUAGCCGCUCAAGUGAAACAUCACAGCUUUUGUUCUUCUCGGUAUAUUGGUUAAACGUGAAUUCAGCUACCAAUUGUUUCCACUUUUGGAUGUAAUUAUCUCUGUCAUUUCUGAAUUCAACCGCUCGUUUUGGCCAAGUUUGUGUUCAAUUACUGAGGCUAGUCAAAGCUUAUUACAUUUCUUCUUGUAGUUCAGAAUUCUCAGUUUAUGACCAUUUAUUUGGUCUAAUCGGUUUAUUAAUUUUU